AUGGAGUUGGCAUUGGGAAGAGAGAGAAAAAAAGUGGUGGUCAUAGGAGGGGGUGUUGCUGGCUCUCUUCUUGCCAAAUCACUCCAAUUCCUUGCUGAUUUCACUCUCAUUGAUGAGAAGGAAUAUUUUGAGAUUCCAUGGGCAAGCUUGAGAGCCAUGGUGGAGCCAUCAUUUGCAGAGAGAUCUGUGAUCAACCAUAGAGAAUACCUCACCAAUGGCCAAAUUAUUGCAUCCAGAGCAAUCAAUGUCUCAGAUACUGAAGUGCUGACUGCCACGGGACGUCUCAUUCCCUAUGACUAUCUUGUCAUUGCCACUGGUCAUGCAGAUCGUGUUCCCAAAACUAAGACUGAGAGACUUAGUGAAUUCCAAGAAGAGAAUCAAAAGAUACGAUCAGCUAAUUCAAUUCUAAUUGUUGGAGGAGGCCCAACUGGUGUAGAACUUGCUGGAGAAAUUGCUGUUGAUUACCCAGAUAAGAAAGUAACUCUGGUGCACACUGGAUCAAGGUUGCUGGAAUUCAUUGGACCAAAAGCUGCAAGCAAGACUCUGAAUUGGUUGAAAUCAAGGAGAGUUGAGGUGAUAUUGGAGCAAUCAGUCAGUUUAAAUAAUAUCUCAGAUGGAAGCAAAACAUAUCAAACUUCAGAAGGGGGGAAGUUUGAAGCAGAUUGUCAUUUUCUGUGCACAGGGAAACGUCUGGGUUCAGCAUGGCUCAAAGAAACAGUGUUAGAGAAUAGCAUGGAUGUUAAUGGGAGGUUGAAGGUUGAUGAGAAUCUGAGAGUCAAAGGUCGAAAGAACAUCUUUGCAAUUGGAGACAUUACUAAUAUUCCUGAAAUCAAACAAGGGUAUUUGGCACAAAAACAGGCUUUGGUGGCUGCAAAGAACUUAAAGCUAUUGCUAGCAGGUGGAAAAGAAAGUAAACUGACUACUUAUGAACCUCACUCAGUAAUGGCACUUGUUUCACUUGGGAGGAAACAUGGGGUUGCACAGUUCCCGUUGACAACCAUUAGUGGACGCAUUCCAGGACUGAUCAAAUCUAAAGAUCUUUUUGUGGGAAAGACAAGGAAGCAGCUGGGCCUAGAACCUCAUCCCGUACAUGAUUAA